UCUCUCUCUCUGUGUCUGUUUACAGCCGUGCACAGCGCUGCAUAGCUGACAUUUCUCUCUCAAACUCCGACCAGCUCUGCUCUCCGCUCUGAAAGCAGCAGGCAGAGGACGACAGACGAGGCCUUUAGUCUUUUGACUGAACCGCUUCGGGGCCGGGCCGCCUGACCACCUGACCCGAGCCCGUCUCCUAGCGACCACCUCCCUGACCUCGGUCCACUUUGGCCCCGAACUCUCCCCCCCUCCUCCUCCUCCUCCUCCUCGCCAUCCGUCUCCAUGGAGCGCGUGCAGCACAUGACCAAGUCGGCCAUCCGCCGAGCGUCUCAGAUCGAGGUGAACCCGCAGGCCAAGAGGAACCUCCAGGAGCUGUUUGUCAACUUCACCCUCAUCCUCAUCUGCCUGCUGCUCAUCUACAUCAUCGUCCUGCUGAGCAGCUGAGAGGGAGUGGUGGGGGGGGGGGGGGCAAAUCUUCGGCUAGGUGAAAAAUGGGAAAUACGGAAAAUAUCAAUGCGUCACAGUCGCUUCCUGCAGCACAUCACCACCGGGAGAAUAGAUGACAAUGACAUAAAUAAACGGCUAGAUGUGACACACAGAGAUGUUUCUAAGUGCUGUACGCCUGUAAAGGGAGGGAAGUUCAGACUCAGAGCAUCUUCAACCUUGAGGCAGCUUACCUGCACGGGUCUCCGAUGGGCAACAUGAACAUAGAACCUAUUGCAUGUAUAUAUAUGUAUAUAUAUAUAUAUAUGCAAUGGCUGCACAACGCUUCUGAUUUAGAAAUGACCUGCAGUUCGUCAAUAGUGAGGAAAACUUCACUUUGCAUGUUGUGAUUUAACUUUCUGUGUAUGCCAUAAAGGUUCUGUGAAAAUAAAAA